AUGGGUGACUUCAAUGGAAGCACGGGAAAACAACAAAAUAGUCCAAUCGUGGGGCCGUAUGUAGAAGAAACAAUCAAUGAUAACGAUGAAAGACUAAUUCAUCUUUGCGAGACCCAAAACCUAAAAAUUAAGAAUGGUUUCUUUAAACAUAAAAAUAUCCAUUGCUAUACAUGGACACAGAGUACUCGAAACCUUAAAUCCAUCAUUGACUACGUGAUUAGUCGACAGAAAACAAAUUUGCAAAUUAACGAUGUGAGAGUCCUAAGAGGGAGCACCUGCGGAUCAGAUCACUACGUAGUGAAAGCUAAGAUAAGCCUUCAUUUUCGAAUAACUAGAAACCUUCAGAGAGUUCUAAACAAUAACGUGACAUCCGCUGAGACAAUUGUUACACCAAAAUACAACUUUGACAGUUUUAGGGAUGAGAGCAUAGUAUUUCUUUAUCAAAGACGGUUCGACAGUAAACUCCUCAGUCCUGAUGGACACACGUUUGACGAAAUCUACGAGAACAUAAUAACGAGUCUAACAGAAGCUACACAAGAGAGGAAACUAAGAGUGCAGAUUAACAAGGCAAAAAACGAAUCUUGGGAUAGGAAAUGUGAAGAGAUUAACAACUAUAUUGGAGGCAGAAAAUGCUCAGAAGUGUGGAAAUUCAUAUCUACUGUAAAGAAUCCAGGAAAAGACAAACUAGACAUUCAACUUAUUAAACCCGAACAAUGGUUAAAGAACUACAAAGAUCUACUUCGGGAAUCUAGACCAGAAUAUUUAACUGAAUCUCCAAGACACUUCAAUGUACAAGGAGAAGAAGUUGAAAUACUUGAGGAAACAAUAAGAAAAGCUGUUAUGAAUCUUAAACCAGGCAAAUCUAGUGGCCCAGAAGGAAUAUACUCCGAAAUGUUAAAAUAUGGAACUCACAACCUUUUCAGAAAUCUGACAAUUAUUAUUAAUAAAUGCUUGAAUGUUCAUCCCGUUCCCAAGGAAUUUAAAGUGGCUUUUAUCUCCUCUAUUCACAAAAAAGGAAAAAAAAACUGGACUGAAAUAACUAUAGGGGCAUUUCGGUUACAAGCACAAUGA